AUGAACGUCGCCGACGUCUCCCAAGCGCCCGAGGCCUACCGCGAUGUCGUCUGGAUCGCCGACGCCUGCAAGCUCAUCAUGGGCAUCGGCUGGACGGCCAACUACGUCGGCAUGAUCCGCAAGUCCCUCAAGGACCAGACCUACGCCAUGGCCCUGCUGCCGCUGUGCUGUAACUUCGCCUGGGAGCUGACGUACGCCAUCAUGUACGCCUUCACCACCAGCCUGGAGAAGUACGUGCACUUCUCGGGCCUGCUGCUCAACUGCGGCGUCAUGUACACCGCCGUCAAGAACGCCCCGAGGGAGUGGGAGCACGCGCCGCUCGUGCAGCGGAACCUGCGCCUCAUCUUCGUCCUCGCCGUCGCCGGCUUCGCGUCGGCGCACGUCGUUCUGGCCAAGCAGGUCGGACCCGAGCUCGGCCAGGCCUGGAGCGCGUACGCGUGUCAGCUGCUGCUGAGUGUAGGGGGCUUGUGCCAACUGCUGUGUCGAGGCCAUUCCCGCGGGGCCUCGUACUUUCUGUGGUUCUCCCGCUUCUUCGGAUCGCUGGUCCUCGUUCCUCAGGACAUCAUCCGGUACACGUACUGGAAGGAGGCCCACGAGUUCAUGGGCUCUCCCAUGUACAUCUGGUUCGUCACCAUUUUCCUGAUCCUGGACGGGUCGUACGGACUGUGCCUUUGGUACGUCCGCCGGUUCGAGCGGCAAAACGCCGCCGCCGGAAAGUUGAAGAAGUGA